AUGAAAACCGGUAACGGAGCACCAUCUGUUGACCCCUUAUUCCUGAGGAUUGUGGAUGAUCUCGAGGCUUGUAAAAGGUUUCCUUGGGGUAGGUAUUCAUUCGAUGUAAAUAUGAAGGAGAUUGAGCACACAAUGAGGCAUUUCAAUAGGGUCGUCGGAACAGAUGCGUGGACAUUUCCAAGCUUUGUUACUCCCUUGGAGUUGCUAGCCUUUGAGGCCAUCCCAUGUCUGAAGAACAAAUACAGAGAAGAUGAUAGAGGAGCAGGGAGGGAUUGUCACCAGAUGUGCAGGCAGAAGUUCCAACCAUUCACACUAAAAGGUUUUCCUUUGUCGAAACUCUAUGAAACACUGGGUAACACUAGGGUCAUCGAGAGUACAUUGCAACCAUCCGAGGAUGAGGUAAUUAUGCUUGCUGGAGUCAUGGAGAGGAAUGAAGAGGAAGAUAUCAGUGAUAUUGUUCCUGAAAAUUGGACGAGGCGUUUAGUUGAGGAAAAGAAGCCGAUAUUCUGGAAAGAGAUAUGCAAGAUCGAUGUUGAUGCCCGAGAUAAUAAGGAGUGGGUAAAUCAUCCUGUAGCGGGUAAGAAUAAUGUGGGGACGGAGAAGGUGGCGUCUCUUGGAAUUGUGGAACAGCUUCAGAGCUUGCAGAAGAGUAUGGACGCUCAGUUUCUCCGAAUCAGUGCUCGAAUGGAUGGCUUUGAUACAAGACUCUGCUCUGUAGAACAAUAUGUAAAAGAGACAAGAAGAGAAAGGGAAGGACCAGGAGAUGAGGGAGGAGAAGUUUUUCGAAAUGAUGUAGAACAUGAACAUGAUCAAGCUGGAGAGAAACUUGAAAGUCUGGCGAAAACUGAGAAAGCGAGGAAGCAGAAACAGUCGAAGAAGAAACAGCCGAAGCAAAAGCCGAAGAAGAAGCAGAAGGAGCCAAAGCAGAAGGAGCCGGAGCAGAAGGAAGCAGAGCAGAAGGAAGCGGAGCAGAAGGAAGCGGAGCAGAAGGAGGCGGAGUAG